CAGCAACAGAUGACUGUAGAGUUUAGUAGUUCGUGUCAUGCGUUUGUACGGUACUAUGUUGCGUUUUAUGUGUAAUAUGUAAGUGAUUUGAUGGUGGAGACAGGAAAUCACGGAAAGACGCAUAUUGAGUGUGUGGAUUAGGAGAGCACUCAUGGACUCCAAGGGAACUAGUUGGCUGAAAAAAGAGAAGAAUGAAGUAUAUGCUGAACCAGGCUCCUUGGUUCAGUUACACACAUCUACCAUGAAAGUAAAAGAAGAAUUGGAUGAGCAAGUGAACCAACAGUUUCUUCAAGAUCCACCAAGGAUUGUAAUGCCUAGUCUUCGUAUAAAGCAAGACCUAGAACUGAAACGGGAUUUAGAUGGCAUUGAGCAUGAUUGUCUUGAAGAUAAUUCGGUAAUCUCUCGGCCAAAUCAUUUUAUCAAGGAGGAUCCUGAACUAAAUUUGGAGGUGGCAGCCUCAAUAAGAAAUGCAUCUGAUAGUUUAAGUUUCAUUCAAAGUGCUGGUGACAGCUGUAACGUUUCGUAUCAAGAAGCAUUACAUCAAGGACUAGUCGAUGACGAUCUGGAGAUAGAUACAGAGAUGUCAACAGAUUUCAGUAUGUCCCAUAACUAUAGCAAGUUACGGACUUCACAAGAAGACAGCUUAUGUGGCACAAGAUUAAGUUGUAGCAUCAGGGAAAAGGAAUUCCAUAAGUUUAACUGUAGUUUCUGCCUACAGAGCUUCCCUUCAAAGUACAGACUCAUAAUGCAUAUCUUCAUCCACAUUGAUGGUGUGCAGGCACCUGCAUAUGUGUGUAAGUCAUGUGGUGAGGUAUUGCCCACUGAUGACAGCUUGAAAGAACAUUUGAGAAUGAGUGAGGGUGACCAAGCAUUAUCAGCUGCCAACAGUGAGAAACUUGAAUGUAGUGAUGACCAUGAAAACAACAUCUCCUUAGAAAGUGUAAGAGAGGAAAUUGUGGAACAGACUGAGAAGCAAUCUUCAUCCAAGGAAACCACGAAAACUUUAAGGAAAUCCUUUAGUGACACAAGCAAUACACAUACUGUGACACAAGUUGCAGAGCAACUCAGAUGUGAUGACUAUGGAAUUUUGUGUACAAGUGAUCAUGUUAAUGUCCACACUGUGCUAAGUGCAAAGAGACGUCACAAAUGUGAUGUUUGUGGCAAAUCGUUUAAUCGUUCAAAUAGUCUCAAGGUACACGAAUUAAUACACACGGGAAAGAGACCCCACGAAUGCCAUGUUUGUGGAAAAUCGUUUACUCAGUCGAGCAAUCUCAAAAGACACGAAUUAAUACAUACAGGAAAGAGACCCCAUGAAUGCAGUGUUUGUGGAAAAUCGUUUAUUCUUUUGGGCAGUCUCAAGGCACACGAAUUAAUACACACGGGAAAGAGACCCCACGAAUGCCGUGUUUGUGGAAAAUCGUUUACUCAGUCGAGCAAUCUCAGGACACAUGAAUUAAUACAUACAGGAAAGAGACCCCACGAAUGCGAUGUUUGUGGAAAAUCGUUUACUCAGUCGGGCAAUGUCAAGAGGCAUUUGUUGACACACAUGGGAAAGAGACCAUACAAAUAUAGUGUUUGUGGUAAAUCGUUUCCUCAAUGGGGCAGUCUCGAGAAACAUGAAUUAAUACACACUGAACAGGGACCACACAAAGUCAAUGUUGGUGGCAAAUCGUUUUCAGAACUGGGUCAUCUAAAAACACAGAAAUUAAUACACGCAGGAAUGAGCCCCCACAAAUAUACUUGCGGCAAAUAUUUUUCUUCCUCUGGUAAUCUGAAGGAAAUCAUUAGUACACACCGGUAAAUGAAAACACAAAUGUAGUAUUUAUGGCAAAUUGUAUAAAAACUCGAGUAACCUCAAGAAACAGCAAUCACUACACACUGAAAAAAAGGCUACACAGAUGUGAUAUUUGCUGGGAAUCUUUUACUCCAGUCUAUCAUCUUUAGAAGCAUGCAAUAAUACAUAUUACGUAGAGACCACUCAAAGUAUUGUUGAGGUCUGUAGACUUACACAUGUUCAAAGGAGACCACAAGUGUGUUACGAAUAUUGAUCGCAUGUGCUACAGAAAGGUCACAAAAAAAGGACAAAUCCGUUUUCACAGCUUCAUGUUCAAAGAAGUUGCAUACUAAAUACAAUAUAUGAAGCACACAAUUGCAAUUUUUUGUUGUAAAUGCUCCAUGCUAUAACGAUCUGUCUACCAGAAAUUGGGGCAUCGAAAGAUAUCUGUUUCUCGUUUGAGUAGAAGUCCUAUGCAGUAAUCAGGACUCUAUAUUCUUCAGGAGAAUUUACCAGUAUGUUGCUAGUUAUUUGUAAGAAACUGCCAUUUCAAUAUUCAUGAAGCUGUAGGCAGUACCCAGUCGACAGCAUAAAUGUGUUUAUUACACAUCCAUCACUCAGGCUAUUUUUCUCAACGAUGGAGAAAGAUACAAAAAUAUCAUGAUUAUGCAAACAUGUUACUGGGUAUGCCUCCUUAAUAGUAAUGCUAUUUGUGUGAUCAAAAUUUGCACACAUGUGAUCUGUGCUACUUCUACAUUAGGAAAUAACUGAUGGUGGCAAGUAUGCAGAGAUCAGGCAAAAAUUGUAAUCAUCUGCCUAGUAGCAUUUUGAUUCACCUUCAGACUGCAAUACAACAGUGCUUCCGUAUGGUGUGGACUCAUUAGUUCGCUGUUAGUUUUCCACUAGUAAAUUGGACUGUAUGUCUACACACGUCUCACACAGUUCCCAUUAACUGCAGGCUAUCAGUUUGUUGCUGUGUAGUUAGUAUGCAAUAGCAUCCCAAAUUCGUUUCGUAAUGACCAAAUGAGGUGGGAAAGACAACAGUGUGAGCUAUCAUGAUGCUCAAACCAUUGCAGUGUGAUUCUGACCUUGUGAUUUGGACAGUUAUCCUGCUGUAAGAUGUUGUCACUCUCAGGAAAUACAUCGAGCAUUAAGUGACACAGAGGUUGCAAUAAUGUUCGUGUUCUUCACAUCUGUCAUGGUGCUUCCAAUUAUGACCAGCUGCUUCUUGGCGUCUCAUAUGAAUAUCCCCCAUAGCAUGACAUUGCCACCAUCUUUCUGCACCUGUUGUGUUGUGCAUGUGUUGAACGACUGUUCAUCUGGAUGAUGGCACAUCUGGGCACAACCAUUAACUUGGUCCACAAGAAAUGUCACUUAUCCCAACAGGUGACACAUCUUUAUUGGUAUGCAGUCCAAUCUCAAUUAUCCCAUUCGUAUUACUCUAGUAACUGACAAGCAUUUUCUUCUGUAUCCACAGAUGGCCAUCAAUCCCACUUUACAAAGCAGCUAGGUUCUGAUCUCCUUGUUCUAGGAAAUGCAUGGUAAUCCUACAACCUUUUGUCAACUUGUGGAUAUCCCAUCUUUCAACAAUGUUCCAUAGAGGCUAAUGAUAGAAGCAUCUGAGCAGCCAACCACAUUCACUGUUUUUUAGAUGCACUUACCCAGGCACCAGGCAAAACCAUCUGAUCUUUGGCAAAGUUAUUUAUGCCAGUUUUUUACACGAACUGUAACUAGAAUGAUUACCCAUUCAUUGCUGGUUAUAUAGUUUCGUUACUACGUGACAUAACCAAAAUGCCACUGGGUAGCAUACACUCCUCCUAGGGAAGUGGGUAUAAUGAUUUCGAUCAACAGUGUAUCUUGACACAAAAGGAUCUUUUGGUACAUUGUGUAGUAAUUCAAAUUUUCGUGCUUCGUUAAAUUUUAUGCCAAUACACUAUUGUCAGUUUAAGUGCCAUAUUUCUUGUGAAAAAUAUUUGUGUUAAAAAAUCCCUGUACAUAAUUCUGAUUAAAUGAAGAUUAAUUUUAUGCAUCAAAUCUUUCAAUUAUUUGUCUGUUUUUAAAUAUCAUGUAACUACUGUACAAACAUCAGUGGCAAAACUGUCAUCAUGUAGUGUCAGAUUAUAAUUCCAACUGUUUGUA